CACGCUCAGCGUGUAACAAGACUCUAUCGUCAAUGCCUAAGACAUUCGCUAUCAUGGAUUAUUGAACGAGAUAAAUGGAGAAGGGAAGCUGUUUGUAUUCGAGCUCGUUUCGAUGCUAAUAAAAAUAUAACCAAUAUGACGGUGGCAAACCAAUUAUAUGAAGAAGCAAUGAAAGAAUUUAACCUUUACAAGCAUCCCGAUCCCUAUGUUCAUCCUGAUAGUCCUGGAGGUGUAAGAUAUGAGAGAAAUAUACCACCACCA